CGCAUAUUCGCACGCGCACCGCUUCCAGAACCUUCCAUCCCCAAAGCGGCCACUGCUACGGCUACUCCCCAGUCCCCACCCCGCCCCGCCACCUACCUACCAGGCUACCACCCUCCCUCCUCCGCCGCCGCUGCCUUCCUGCGCGGCGCACCCAUCGCCCUCGCCGGUCAGAUUCCGUCCGCGGCGCGCGGAGAUCUCGCCGGGGUCACGGUGAUCACGCCCGCGACGUGUCUCUCCGCGUCUCUCUUCCCUGCUUCAAUCCGCCUCCCCCAGCGCUGCUGCUGCUAGCUGCUAGCUGCUAGGCGUGCCUCGUCACGGGACCAGGCCGCCCAUUCCCCCCCGCCCUUUUGUCACGCGCAAGCCGUGCCCACUUGCGCCAGCCACAUCAAGGCUUGCACGGGCGAAAAACCCCUGUCACAAGGCGCGGUCCUCGAUCGGCGGUGGGCUCUGCCGCUGCCAUGAGCCACCGGAUGAUGAUGAGUCCGGUGAAGGUGGAGGGCCGCCGCUGCCCCGACCCCGACCCGGCGGCGGCCGCAGGCGGAGGGGCGCCGAGGCCGAUGGACGGGCUGGGCGACGCCGGGCCCACGCCGUUCCUCGCCAAGACCUACGACAUGGUCGACGACCCCGCCACCGACGCCGUCGUCUCCUGGACCGCCACCAGCAACAGCUUCGUCGUCUGGGACCCGCACCUCUUCGCCACCCUGCUGCUGCCGAGGUACUUCAAGCACAGCAACUUCUCCAGCUUCGUCCGGCAGCUCAACACCUAUGGCUUCAGAAAGGUGGAUCCUGACAGGUGGGAAUUUGCAAAUGAGGGAUUCUUGCGAGGGCAGAGGCACCUCCUCAGAAAUAUUAAGCGCCGGAAACCUACACAUGGGUCUCAGAAUCAGCAAUCUCUUGGCUCUUACCUUGAGGUGGGGAACUUUGGACAUGACGUGGAGAUAGAUCAUUUGAAAAGGGACAAGCAGCUCUUGAUGGCUGAAGUGGUGAAGCUCAGACAGGAGCAACAGAACACAAGGUCAGAUCUGCAAGCCAUGGAAAAGAGGCUGCAAGGAACCGAGCAGAAGCAACAGCAGAUGAUGUCAUUCUUGGCGCGAGUCAUGCAGAAUCCCAUGUUCAUACGCCAGCUGAUCUCCCAGAGUGAGAUGAGGAAGGAGCUUGAAGAUGCCAUCUC